GGGUUGGUAGGAAAGAGGGAGAGAGAGGGAAGCUGCAGUGGUGGUUGUGAUGGGGCCGAGUCACUUGAUCACUCCCUCCUUCAGCGACUCUUCCGCCCUCAACCUCCUUCCGACUUCCCUCCCUUCCUGCCUUUUCGUUGCCAGAGAGAGAUCGGGCCCCAACCCAAUCGGAACCCCAGCUGCCCCUUCUCAGGCCUCCAUCACGGGCCCUGCAUACCCGGAUACUCGCAGGAUUGCAUCCCACCGGUCGAUGUCCUCCGCUUCUCGACAAAUCUCGUCCCUGGUUGCCUUUGGCAAACCCGCUGUGAGGUACGGAGUACACCCAUGCCUCCGACACCACGCAUCUCCCCAGUUGCCUUCUACAGGCAAUGACAAUGUGGCUGGCAACACCCAGCGUCAAUUGAGACUCGGUUCCUUCGAGCCACAGACUAGAUCCUUCCUACCGGAACACAAGACCUUCGACGAAGGAAUGGAACAGAUACCCCACCCAAGAAGAUCCGAAAGGAGAAAAAGAGGAAAGAAAGAAGAAGAGAAAGAAAAAACAAAAUCCCGGGAAAAGGAAUGAUCAAGGGUCAUACGUGAAAAGCAUCGGGUAUUGUACGAGCAGGAUCAUCGCUGUAGUAGUCUCCCACGCACUAAAAGCGCCUGCUGUGCAGCUUCUAGCAUCUCAGGGGCCAGACCAGUGAGGACUAUCUACCUGGAUAGGAACCAACCCAAGAGUGGAAACCCUUAGUGUGCAUGCGGCACACCCGAGUUCCGGGAAUCAGGACGCCGCAUGGGCUUGUAGCUCCAUCUCGCUGGCGGUUGACUUAUCAGUAUACAGCCGA